ACAGCGCCCUUCAAAGACAAAUCGGCGUGGUAUCGUGCUAAGCACAACCAACGCGCUUAACUUAAUCCACAUUAGUAAAGCAACUCGUACGGUCACAGCAUCGAACCGAUAAUACCCAAACGUGGUUUACGUCGUUGAUUUUAAUUGUUGCAGUGGUGCAAUCGGGUCUGUAUCCUUGUUGGAUCGAAAGUAAAAAAGUUGAAAGUGUUGAUAGACAUGAAAAUAAAUAGAGUGAAUUAUUACAUAGGCCGAAACUGAUGAUGCCAUCAUGAAAACGAUUAGGUACUACCAGAAACAAUUAUACGUUUUAUGUUUAAUAUUGGCAGUGGCGUUGUUUAGUCUAUGCAUACAGAUGGACAUUGUUAGCUACAAUACAUAUUAUCCAGAAUAUGGAGAAUACAAAAGAAACAUAGAUGAUAUUGAAAUUAAGCUAGUAGAAGAAUGGAAGGAACUGCGAAGCAAGCAAAGUAACUUAUCAAACUUAGGGAAAAUACUGUUCUUGGGAACAGACGAACCAGUAGUGAAUACAACGAAAUCCUAUCAAAUUCUAGUCUGGAAAUAUGGCAAAAUGAUCGAAAAUCGUCUAAUAAAGAAUUUUUCCAAAAAUUGGGUCGACCCAUUCAGUAACUGCCCUGUGAAAAACUGUAAUGUAACUUAUAAGGAUGAAGCACUCUCAACAGCAGACCUUGUUCUAUUUCAUUUGCAUAGAAUGAAAAGUUCUAAAGAGCUACCAUUGAAAAGAGGAAAAUCGAGCCAGAUAUGGGCUUUUUUAACCGAGGAAAGUUCCUAUCACACGUUUCUGAAUCGGGAUAAGGGUGUUACCAUAAAAGACUAUAACGGUGUUUUUAAUUGGUCUAUGAGUUAUAGAAUGGAUUCUGACAUUCCCGUUCCUUAUGGAAGGACCAUUCUAAGGAAGACACCUCAACCUGUAGAAAUAAAAUUGGAAAAACAAAGGAAUGUUUUGGUUGCGAUAAUGGGCUCAAAUUGUGGUGGAAAGAAUAAACGAUGGGAUUAUGUAAAGGAGUUAGAAAAACAUAUUAAAGUUGACAAAUACGGAAAAUGCGGUACCUUAAAGUGUCCCGGUCAUUACAACAAAGACUGUCCACUUUUAGACAAAUAUCUGUUCUAUUUAGCCUUCGAAAACUCAAACUGCGAUGAGUAUAUCACAGAAAAAGUGUGGUGGAAUGCGUUCCAUAAAAAUUCCAUACCGAUAGUCAUGGGCGCUAGUGUCUCCAGCUACAAAAAAGUUCUACCACCGAAUUCCUACAUAAAUGUUGACGACUUCGCGAAUCCAGCUUCCCUAGCACGUUUCAUACUGCGUCUCAACGACACAAACGAAUAUCUAGAAUAUUAUCAAUGGAAAUCACAUUUCGAAGUUUUGAAUGAACACGGUUAUUUCCAAAGCAAUAUCUUCCACUACUGCCGAGUAUGCCAGGCAUUGAAUUACAACGAUAAGAAGCAAAAAAUUUAUGAAGACUUACAAAAAGACUGGAACGCCAAAAAUGUCUGUUAUCCUGCUUGGAACGCAUAAAUUUUAUGUUUUUCCCUUUUAAUUCCCACAGAGAAUAAUAUCUAGAAUAUUAUUAAUGGAAAAAUUUUGAAGUAUUGAACUACCAUCGGGAUUUUGAAAGCAAAUUAUUCUACCACUGUGGAAUAUAUCAGUCGUCGAAUUACAACAAAAGCUUAAUGGAACGAAGACUUGAAAAAAUACUGGAAUAUCAAAAAUUUCUUUUAUCCAAGCUAAAACACCCAACUUUUCAGGAAAUCAUAAUUUGACACUGAACAGAUGUACAUUUUGAAUAACAAUAUUAUUAUUUUCCUGUGGUAUAGAAUACGCCAGGCAUUGCAUUAAAAGCAACGUAAAAAAACAAAAAUUUAUGAUGAUCUCAUAAAAUCGCUACUGCGCGUGAAAAAGGAGUUAAGUCAUAAUUUAUCAAAAACGGGGUUAAGUGAAAUUUCGAAUCUAAACAACAGGGACUUUUAAUGUGCAGAAAGGGAUAAGUUAACAUAAACAAUAUCUACCAUGUUUUGUGUAUGGCAUCACAUGUUCAGUCACAUCAAAUUCAAUUUAACAUCGUGAAAAGGGAGUUAUGUCUACGUGACUCCUUGUUCACAAUAAUAUACUGAUACACACGAAUAGUGAAAAACGAGUUAACUCGACAUAUCUCGUUUUUCAUUUAAAGUACUGUAAGUUGUUUACAUGACUUAACUCAUUUUUCACUAUUUUGAUUUUGUUGUACCAUAUUCUUAAACCUAGCGCAAGCGCAUAAAGGCGCAAAUCGGUCAGUCUCCUAACCUACCCUCCCCUUAUCACAUAAGAGCACGUGCCGGCAGUGAAUUAUAGGUAUUGUAAGUGCUUAAAGAUGUUAUCAUCGAGAUGUUAUCUUCUGAGGAGGAAGAUUAGUACCUAGUUUAUAAUGUUUUUAGGAAAUAAAUCCUUUAUACUGCAAACUUUUAUGUCCUUUUAUUUUUAUUGUCCUAGUCAUUCAAAAGUCUGUGAAAAAAGAUAUAAGUCAACAAAGUUUUUGUGCAAAAAGGGUUAAGUCUGUGAAAAAAGGUAUAAGUCAAACAGCUCAUUGGGUAAAAGGGUUAAGUCAAUCAAAAGUCUUGAUGCCGUAACUUUUUUUUAAUUCUCUAUUGACUUUACAAUUUGUUCAAUGUUUCUACAAUCUCUCGCAAAAUUAAGGUAUCAGAACAUAUAUUUACAAAUGCCUUUACUAGAUACGAAAUUUUCCCUCCAAUUUUUAAUUUCAAUUUACUCAGAUAUACUUUUUUGACUUAUCUCCUUUUUCACGCGCAGUAGCGAAAUAAUGAUAAAGAAUGUGGACCUACCCAAAUCACUAUUUUCCACAUUGAACUACAAUGUAAAAAAAAACUAACGAGUUUUAGGUAAAUUCAAAAAUACUGACUAUUCAAAAGUCUUUUACUACAUUUAGUGCAGUCACUGAAGGUUUUCACCUCCGAUUUCGUUGAACCUCCAUCGAUAUUCAUGAAAAUUGGUGAGUAGUUAGAGGAUACCUCAAGGAACAAAGGUGACAUGAUGCCAACUUGCGCUUUUACCCUGGGGGUGGAUACCAUCGCUUUUCUGGGGUGAUAAUUAUUUUAUUAAAAAUAAUACCAUAAAUCGAUAGAGGGACAAAUUCUAAGCAAAAUUUGUUAAUUAAGUUAUUAACAUAAAUCAAUACUUUUUGAGUUAUGAAAGAUCAAAGAUUUUAUUUUUUCGUAAAAAAAUGCAUGUUUCAAAGCUGUUUUUCAUGUAUAACUCAAAAACUAUUAGCUUUUACAAAAAAGUUAUUCUUACCAAAAUUGAAGACAAUAAACAAUUGAAUACACUAUUCACUCAAAGUACUAAACUAAUGUUAAUUCAAAGUGAGUUAUGGGUAAUUGAAUGUAUAUUUUUUUCGAUGUGUACUCAAAUCUAAGUAUUCAAGCUUAAAUAACGGGAAAACGAUACAUUUUAUAAAAUAUACUUUCUAAACACUUAUCAAACUACUUUAGAAUACCUACCACAUGAGCUCCAGAAGAAGUUAAUAGCAUCAAAAUUAAGCAAGUUAUGAUGAAACUAAGAGAACCCUUUCGAUUUUUUUUAGGAAAAAGUGAAAAAUAAAACAUACGCCAUUUCAACAAAAAUUAAAAUUUAUAGUAAUCCUUACAAAAAUUUCUUUGUAUUAGCAUAAGUAAUGAUUUUAACAAUUUUCACCGGCUUAGAAUGCGUAUUUUUGAAAAAAAGAUAUAUUUUAAAAAAAUCAGAAUUUUUAAAAUUAUCGACAUUUUCAUUUUUUUUUUGAUAAUAACUAUAAAAAUACUCAAUAUACGUAAAAAAUGGUCAAUAACCAAAUUUUAGUUUUUUCUAUAUCAAAUAUUAUACCUUUUUACCAUUUCUGUAGGGUGAAAAAUAACCGAGAUAGAAACGUUUAAAGUUUAAAUUUUGCUGCGAGAACCAUGUAACCGUGGCCAUUUAAUCUUUGAUUUUUAAAAAAGUAAGCGGUUUAAAAGAUUAAAUUCACCGCGUUUUAAUAGCAUUUGGAAUUACCUUUCAAACCGUUUUUAGGUGAACCUGAUAUCUUAAAAAUUAAUAAAUUAACGGAGUUAUUAUAAAAAAACGAUAACAUUUUUUGGAAAAAUUUUUAAAAGAUAAAGUUUGAACAAUUUUUGGAGCAUAAAUUUUAAUGCUAUUAACUUGUUCGGUAUCUCAUUUGAUAGAUAUUUCUAAGUACUUUCACAAAUGUUAAGUUUAUGUUAUAAAAGGCAUCAUUUUCCCGUAAUUUAAGCUUGAAUACUUAGAUUUUGGUACUCGCUUAGAAAAAUAUGCAUUCAAUUACCUAUAACUCACUUUUAGUCAAUAUUAAAAGGUUUUUUUAGUAAGAAGUUUAUUUAAUUUCUUAUUAGCUUCAAUUUUGGUAAUAAUAACUUCUCUGUAAAAACUUAUAGUUUUUGAGUUAUCUAUGAAAAAUCGGUUAAAAACAUGCAUUUUUCUUACGAAAAAUUAAAAUUUUUGAUCUUUAAUAACUCAAAAAGUUUUGAUUUAUUUUAAUAACUUUAUAUAACAGAUUUUGCUUAGAAUUUGUCCCCCUAUCUAAUUAUGGGGUUAUUUUUAAUAAAAUAAUUUUCACCCCGAGAAGGAGUGGCAUCCACCCCCAGGGUAACAGCGCAAGUUGGCACCAUGUCACCUUUGUUUCUUGAGAAAUCCUCUAACCACUCAUCAAUUUUCAUGCAAGUCGAUGGAGGUUGAACGAAAUCGGAGGUAAUAGCUCAUAUCCACCUUCAGUGACUCCACUUGGGAUCUUUAAAAAUGAUGCAGGAAUUUCUUAUUCAGAAUUGCUAAAAUGUAUUUAAGGAAUAUAUUAUAUUCCUGCCAAAACAUUUUAAAAAUCCUGCAUAAUUUUCAAUUUUGCCAUAAAACAUGGAGUAUUUUCUUUUUAGUAUUUGUGAAUAUUAAAGAAUUUAAAAUUAAGAAGCUGUUUUCUGCAAAUUGGUAACACUGGUAACAUUGGUAUUAUUGAUAACACUAGAAUGAGGUAGUAAAGAAGAUGAACUAUACCUGUGACAUAAUAAAAUUAUGACCUUUGCUAGUUAGAUCUAUUGUUAUGUACCAUAUUACAAAAAAAACUGUAAUUUAAAUACAAAACUUAAAAUAAACAUUUCACAAUGUA